AUGGCCCAGAACAAAUACACCUUUGUCGUUGAACAUCUCGACCCAGAGCUUGGCCCUUGGUCCGCGCUGGAAUACAAGGCGAUUGCACAGGAAUCUCAGCAAGCUGGAUGCCAUUUCAUCCUGUCUUCCCUGCCCCAGUCUCUCCUCGAAUCACAAGACCUGAAGAACUUGGUAGCAUUGGGUGCAGAGUCUAGGCCCGACAGCGUUGAGGUCUACUUUUCCGGGAAGAAAGACAGGAUCUGCCUGCUUGAUCCGUCGGCCACGCAGGAACUGCAUCCUGCCGAUGCUGCUGAUUUUGACGUCUUUCUGUUUGGUGGUAUAUUAGGCGAUGAUCCUCCGCGAGACCGCACCAGCGAGCUGCGCAAAAAAGGCUUUUCCGGCCGCCGCCUGGGUCCGGUACAGAUGACAACAGAUACGGCUGUCAGAGUGACGCGGAUGGUCAUUCUUGAUCAAAUUCCGCUCGACAAGAUCCCUCAUGUCGACUUUCCAGAGCUAAAAGUGGAUGAGCACGAGUUUACGCAGAUGCCUUUCCGAUAUGUCACCAACCACUUCGGCAAGCCAAUCAUGCCUGAGGGCAUGGUCGAACUCAUCAAAGCCGACGCGGACAAAGCAUUCGACAACCUAGAGUUCGCGGACGAAGUGGACGGCCUCGACCAGCUGGAAGUCAGCAAGCCCUGA